AUGAGUGAGAGGUCUUCUGACUUCAAAUUUGUCUCAUUCAUGGUGAAAAGCUGCAUGAUGGAGCUGUAUGAAGAAGCUACACGCAGGUCUUGCGUCCGGCUGGAGCCAAUCCAAGGCUCGACUGAGUGGGUUCAUCUAGGAUCAGCACUUGGGUUACGCUUCGGACCGAGUCAAGUACCUACCUGGGUACUCUAUCUAUCACAAUUUAGAGACCCUGAUGCUGCACGCACGCGAAGUCUUCACCACACAGCCAGCCACCUAAAUUCCCAGGUGGGGUUUGCAUAUUACCGCAUAGUACCUGUCUGGGUAUUUCCUUUCCUACGCCACCUUAUAUAA